AUGGCAUCCCUGAACAGGCAAAUCGUUGCUUGCUUGUUCCUGGUUUUACGCUUUGUUUUUCUGACUUUUGGACCCUGGUUAGCCCACGUCGUGAUCGCUGACGUCCUGCUGUCCUGCCUGCUGCCAUUCGCGUUCGUCUUUCCUACCUACACCUACCAUUUAGCCUCUACUAUUGCCGAAUCGGUAUGGCGUGGAGUGCAGCGCAUCUGCGAAGACUCGAACGGUGCAGACAUCAUCUUGGCUGGAGAUGAACUGCCGGCUGGCGAAAGUGCAAUCGUCGUCGCAAAUCACAUAGAAUGGUCGGAUUUCUACCUUAUUCAAGCCUUGGCCAUUCGCGCCGGCAUGUUGGGCCGCUGUCGAUGGUUCGCGAAGAACGCUCUCAAAUGGGUCCCUGUACUGGGAUGGGGCCUGUUGGCCAUGGGCAUGCCGCUAGUCAGUCGCAAGUGGGCCGAGGAUAAAGACGAGAUGGAACGGCUGUUCAGUGGCAUCAAAAAAGGAGGCUGGCCUAUUUGGCUUGUCUCUUUCAGCGAAGGAACAAGGUAUAGGCCAAAGAAACACGCGGAAGCUGUCCGUUGGUGUGAAGCCAACGGCAAGUCAUCCCCUCAGUACACUUUACAUCCUCGCGUAAAGGGCUUUGUCGCUACUGUUCAGCAAUUGCGCAAGACGCCUCAUGUCAAAGCUGUGUAUGACAUUACGAUCGCUUACGCCGAGGAUGACAAGUUCAUGUCACCGCCCUCCUUCUUCAAAACCGUCUUUCAACCCAACCUGGCGCAGAGACAUCGCAUGUAUGCUCAUGUUCAACGCUUUGAGUUGAGCACUCUGCCCGAGACGGAUGGGGAGAUUGCAGAGUGGCUCGAAGAGAGAUGGGUUGGCAAAGGUGAGAGACUGGCAACCCUCAAGAAGUCACUAGACUAUGGAGAGCCAUGGAAAGGCACAACAAACAAAGUCUAG